AUGUAUUUGUUUGAUUCAGUAGCUAGAAGUUCAUCUGAUAAAGGUAGAUUUGUUACUAUUAAAUUUUUUAAUAGAAGUAAUUCUACUGAUCAUGAUAUCGCUUUAGUUGGAAAGGGAAUAACAUUUGAUGCAGGUGGUAUUUCAUUAAAACCUUCUAAUAAAAUGGGUACUAUGAAAUGUGAUAUGUUAGGUGCAUCUACAAUGUUAUCAACAAUGUUAUUAGCGGUACAAAGUGACUAUAAGGCAAAUAUUACUUGUACAUUACCAUUAGCUUUUAACGUACCUGAUGGUUGUGCUACUAAACCAGGUGAUGUAAUUGUUGGUAUGAAUGGAAAGAGUGUUGAAAUACUUAAUACAGAUGCUGAAGGUAGAUUAAUAUUAGGUGAUGCACUUACUUACACUCAAAGAAAAUUUGGUAAACCUAAAUAUCUUAUUGAUGCUGCUACUCUUACUGGUUCUAUAAGAGCUGCAUUGGGUGAAUCAUUUUGUGGAUAUUUUACUAAUAAUAACAAUUUUAGUGAUUUAAUUAAAGAAUCAGGAAAAGAAGCCAAUGAAUUCUUACAUAGAAUGCCUUUAUCUAAAAAGUAUAUUAAAACUAUGAAAUCUGAUGUGAGUGAUUUAAGAAAUACAGAUGAAACUGGUUUAAGUGGAGCUUGUUGUGCAGCAGCAUUUUUGUAUGAAUUUAUUGAUAAGGAUGUAAAUUUUGUUCAUUUUGAUAUUGCUGGAGUUUCUAUGUCAAAAACACCUUCUGGUAUCUACAAUGGAAUAGCUAAAUGUAGACCACUUCUAGCUUUUUAUGAGCUUGUAAAAAAGUUAGUUGAGAAACUUUAA